AUGUUGGGUCCACGUAUCAAGAUCCACAUCACAGGUCUUCCCAAACUGCGACAUAUGUUGACGCUACCCGUCGAUAUCCUCUACAGAAUCCUCGAUGUACUUGCUACCGACACACCGACUCUGCUCUCUGGAUCUGUUGCGGCCAAAAUCCUUACCGCCCACUGCCAACGUCACCUAUUCAGAUCGAUAAGUUUCCGGCUCAACCUCCCGGAAGAGAGAGGAUGCGAGGAGUCCGUAGACGGGGAAGGAGGUUUGCAUCGCUUGUCUCAGGAGCUGGAAGCUGUGCUGUGUGGUAGGAAGGCGCACGACGACCAUGAAACCCUCUACAAGUUCACGAAAACGUUGGUUCACAACCCGAGCUUGGGCGCCUACGUUCGGUCGUUCAAGGUUAUCGUCAACAUCAGGCCGGAUCGUCGAACCCAGACGGAUCCAGCUGACGUUCAGCGCGCCGUUUCGUGUCGUCUGGCUCCCUUAUUGACGCGAUUUACGGAAUUAGAGAGCCUUCAUCUCAGGGGGGACCCAUCUCUCCGAAGACCUCUUUUCUUGCUAGAGGAGAUUCUCGGCUCGGUUCUCUCUCCAAACCUUUGCGAAGUGGGACUACACGCAAUGCUUAUGCAUCUUCCGACGAAAAAGCUGCCGCAGCUCAAGCGCCUUCGGCGCCUCGUGAUUGACAACUGCGACUGGGACUUCACGAGCGACAAUGCCAGCGCAACGACCGGGGCCAGAACACCACUCAACAUUGACACACUGGCGUACUAUGGCCCUCAGAUGGAGCCCUUCAACUACGCAGUCGACUUCAUCGGCCAGGACAGCCUCCAGACUCUGUAUCUUUCUGCCAAACGUAACUCCGACUAUCCGAAGGCGAUCAGGUUGCUCCGGAAAUCGGCCUCCUCGUUGGUGUCCCUGACCUAUGCAGUACCGCACAGGACCUCAAUAUUCGACCCUGCUGUGGUCAACAGGGUCAUCCGAGGGUCCCUUUUCGACCCUGGAAAUGCUGCUGUAUUCUCCUCUUUGGAGGCCCUCGAGCGCUUUAAGUUCCAGGUAGCAGCCGAAGACCUAUUCGCACUGGUCCGGACAGGACACACACCCAUGUCCCAGUUCAUGCUCGACAUCUUGACCGGAGAGGCACUCUCUGCAUGCCCGAACAUCUCCUUUCUCGAGGUCGAAAUUAUCAGGACACCAUCGCCUUAUCCCUUUUUCAACCUCAAGUUUCAUUGGAAGAAGUUGAAUGAGCACCUCUUGCGAGGAGCGUACCCGCGUCUUAAGGUCCUUCGAUUCGUUUUGAACUUGACAAGAAGCGCCCGACAUUCGGAUACGAAGUCUGAAUAUGAUAGGAUUGGAGAGUUGUUGGCGGAGUGGGUCGCAGAAGGACCGCUGCAUGGGUUGAAGAAGGACAGGGGGUUCAGCGUUGAGGUCGUGCAUAAUUUUGAGGCUAAGAACGACCCGAGAUAUUAUCUAUUCUAG